AUGCCGCGCGAGACGAGCGGUCCCAACAACGCGACCGUCGACAAUGUCGACUCCGGCCGCGCGUCGGACAAGAUCGUCCUCGUGACGGGCAUCAACGGCUACAUCGCCACGCACAUCGGGCUCCAACUGCUCGAGAAGGGCUACAGAGUCCGGGGCACGUCGCGGUCGGCGAGCGCGGGAGACCAUCUCGUCGCGGGCGCCUUCCGGGGUUACGACGCCGGGCGGUACGAACACCACGUGGUCCCGGACAUGACGGCGCCGGGGGCGUUCGACGACGCGGUCCGCGGCGUGCACGCCAUCAUCCACACCGCCUCGCCCGUCGACUUCACGCUGCGGAGCGUCGACGCCUUCUUCGGCCCGGCCGUCGGCGGCAACCUGUCGAUCCUGGAGUCGGCGCGCACGGCGGCGGGCCCACAACUGACGUGCUUCGUGGUGACGUCGUCGAUCGCCGCUAUCGUCGACCGCUGGCGCCUUCCCCCUACGCACGCGUACACCGAGUCCGACUGGAACGAGUCCGGCGAGGCCGUGGCGCGCGCCGACUUCUCUGCCCCCGUGGCGUACGGGGCCAGCAAGGCCGCGGCCGAGCGCGCGCUGUGGGACUGGCGCGCCGCCAACCGUCCCCGGUUCGCCGUCGCGGCCAUCAACCCGGCCGUCGUCACGGGCCCGCCCGUCUCGUGGCCCCAGCACCCCGAGGCCCUCAACACCACGUUACUCCCCAUCUGGCGCAUCUACAGCGGCACCACUCCCGAGGGUACUAUCCCCCCGCCGAUCGGCGGCGCCGGCUACAUCGACGUGCGCGACGUGGCCCGCAUGCACGUCUGGGCCGCCGAGCACCCGGCCGAGAGCGACGGCCAGAGGUACAUCCUGUCCAACGGCAAGGCGCCGCCCCAGGCGGCCGCGGACCUGUUGCGCGAGGCCUUCCCGGACAGGGACAUCGUCGUCGGCGAGCCCGGCAAGGGCUACAGGUCGGAUUACUGGUUCCCCGAGGACGAGGCCAGCACCGUCGCCACAAAGGCGUACCGGGCCUUGGGCGUCGAGCGCUUCAUCCCCUACGACCGGAGCAUUCUUGACACGGUCGCCGCGUUCGAGAAGCAGUGGCCGGGGCUGGCGCAGAAUUUCAAGCACAAGAAUUAG